AUGACAGAGGAUCGUCUGAUAAAGAGUGCAAACUAUGUUAGGACAGAACUUCCAGUCCGUAUCGCCCAUCGGAUCCGAGAUAUGCAGCUUUUGCCAUACGCGGUGGUUACAGAAGAGCAUGUCGCGCAAAUAUACAGUCUAUAUUGGUCCGCAUUCGAAAAGCUUCGGAACUAUCCUCAGAUAAACGACCGUGCGGGAAAUGAUAGGUUUUGCGAAUUUUUACACGAAAUUCUCCAAGAACAUUCUGCUGCAAUUCCCAUUCUGUCUCUCGGUCUUUCGAUUUCUUCACCGCAUCUUACUCCAGACGAGUUGGACUCGUUUAUGCGUCGGAUGCUUGUCUCGCGUAUCUCUCGCCGAGUACUUGCGGAACAUCACCUCGCGCUCAGCGAAGGCUUUGCGCAAAGGGAGAAAUUCCAAACGAGUGUGGAGAAUGUUGGGAUUAUUUUCACGGGCCUAAACGUCAAGCGAUCGUUGGACAAGUUUAUCAAGCUCAUCUCCUCAGACGCGCCAGGUGGCAUUGCGGAUCGCCUUCGUCAGGAUUCAGUAUUACGCAGCUUACCCAAACUUCCAGAGAUUGUUGUCGAUGGCGAGGUCGAUGCGACGUUUUCGUACAUCCGGGAACACCUCGAAUACAUCAUCCUGGAGCUCCUACUCAACGCCGUACGCGCGACUGGAUACCAGAUGUGCUUCUUGCCAGACAAAGUCCCAGGAGUCAUUCGCGCUACUAUUUCUUCAGAUAAGGACGACGUGUGGGGGUUGAUGCUCAACGAACGCCAAACGCCCUCCGACCUCUACUCCUUUUCACACCAUCGCAAUAUAACGCGACUAGAUGACGCAAGAUUAGUCGCACUUCAGCACGUUAGCCGUCGCAAAGGAGGUAUGAUGGGCAAAGUGAGUGAGAAGAUUUCUGCUCGCAACUCCAACACGAGAGCACAAGAGGAGCAAGAAGAGGUUGCCGAACAAGAAGAGGAGCCACAGCGCAUGGGAAUGGGCUUGCCUCUGAGCAACAUCUAUGCUACUUACUUUGGUGGGACUCUCGAGUUGAUGUCGAUGGAUGGAUGGGGGACGGACGUCUACCUAAAGUUGCCGCGUUUGGGCACAAAUCUUGAAGGUAUCGAGGUGUAA